AUGACGGACGAACUAACAAACCCAGGAGGUCCCUCCGUCGGAAAAACCACCCUUGCGCAGCAUCUCGCCCGCGAUCUCGACAUGGUGCACCUCCAACCAGACGAGAUGAUCCGCGACCUCAGUCGUUUCGGUACCGCCUCGGCAUUCGACGGCCUGCGAACAGCCAAAGACCGAAAGGGCCAAAUGUCAGAGAUCAUGACGCUUCUACUGCUGAAGAUGGAGAUCCACGACAAGCUAAAGGACGGAAGGCGAGUGUUUCUGAUGGACAACUUCCCUAAGACUAUGCUGCAGUUUUAUGAUUUUGAACGACAAUUUGGAUAUCAAUUCACCCUCCGUCGGAAUGCGACUUGUGCCGGCAUGGCAUCUAGAUUUCACAAUGACCCCGGCACCAGAAUCUGGGAGGAUUAUUUGCGAGAGUCGACGGCCUUUUCCAAUAGGGAUCGCGAGUUUCAACGAUGUAGUCGGUUUCAAACCCAAGCGAUGCGGGUGGAGGCGGAUCAUCCAUUCAAAAAGUAUUAUCGGCAGAUCAGACGAGUGAUUCGGGUUUUCCUCAACGCUCCCAAAGUAGAACCUGCACCGUGA